AGUUGGUAUCUGGCCAUUUCAGAGAUGACCAUGUGUGUCCGACUCAGGAGACUUUUUCAGAGAGCCAAUGUGGAUGGGAGAGAGACAAGAGAGGGGAGCAUGGAUGCUGGCCUUCCAUGUGAGAGGAAUGAAGGACGAAGGAGGUGGACUUGGCGAAUGUGGAUGGCUCACAGACAGACAUCAUCCCCUGUACCUGUCACAAGCAAUCAGUUUGAGAAGGAAGAGGAGGAGCUGAUGGAAGAGAUCCAGCUCAUUAGCCAAGAGAAAAAUGGGCUGAGAGAUUACCUGAACUUGACCUUGGGAUCCAAGAUCACGAGGCUAAAUCAAAGUUAUGAAGAACUGAAGUUAAAGCAGAAGGAGCUCAUGACAUUGCAACACGACUUAGAGAUGGCAACCAUGGAGGCCCGAGAGGAAAAUGAGGAGCUCAAGAAGGAGAUAAAUUUCUAUAGUAACCUGCACAGCCGGGCCCUAAUGGAAAACAAUCUUAUAAAGAAGAAGUUGAUGACAUUGCAGCAGGAGAGCAAGGAAGUACAGGCUGAAUGGGCCAGCAUUCAACAGCAUUUGGACGUGAACCUGAGUGGUAAAGACGAACAGGAGAACAACAGCAUCCUUGACACUCAGGAACAUCAGGUCUCAGAAACUGCAAGAGAACUGGGAUUGGCCACAGAUCAAGAAGACAGCAUCCUGCAGGAUGAGUUGCCACCCCAGGAGGCCCCUGCUGAGGAGUUGUCACCCCAGGAGGCCCCUGCUGAGGAGUUGCCACCCCAGGAGGCCCCUGCUGAGCAGUUGCCACCCCAGGAGGGCCCUGCUGAGGAGUUGCCACCCCAGGAGUCCCCUGCUGAGCACCAUCUCCAGCACCCACAAUCUUUCUCAGAUGAAUCUUCUUAUAUCACUUAUCCUGAGUGGGAAUAGGCCCUAACUAGGAAGCCAUGGCUGAUUCAGGGUGUUGUUCCCUUUUCUCUUCAGACAACGCCUCUUGGCAAAGAACUGAGCUGGCUGCACUGCUAUCAAGUGUCCAAGAGGAGCAGCAGGCUGUAGGUCUGUGCUGCUAAAAGUACAGAAAGAGAAAGCAGCUGAACAAUAAUUUUCCUUUAGAGUUUUGGUUGAAGUUUUGAUUUUUUUUUUUGAGUUGUUGCUAUGUUAUUUAGAAGUUAUAUGUUCUUGUUCUUAUAUUUCAUUGAUUGUUUUUGCCUUUAUCUCUAUAUUAAUUAAACUUUUAAAACCUAUUUUUAAAAA